CACGGAGGGGCGCCAGCACGCGAUGGAGGCUCCAGGACACUCUUGGCUUCCUACAGGGGGUCCGCUAAAGAAAAGGAAGACAAAUGUUGCACCACCUUGUGAGAGCAGCAUUGUACCUGUUGGUCCUAAAAUAAUGCAUUUUCCUCCUAGCUGGAGUGCCUCGGUUACCUUAGGAUCUGGAAACUCAGUCAGGUCUGGAAGUGGUUCAAACCAACCUGAGCCACUUUCCAUGGAGUACCCUGCGCUACCUGCAUGUGAGACCACACCACCUCCUGCCAUCUCCAAGCCUACGACAAAGAAGGCAGCUAAAGGGAAGGCGAAAGAACCUAAAGGGAAGGCGCAGACAGCUAAAGGGAAGGCAAAGGCAGCAGGGAAAAAGAAGAAGAAGAAAGUUUCAGUGCCACAUGAUAGUCCGGCAAUGGGUACUAGAAGCAAGACCACACCCUAGAAGGACAACCCUGCAUCACAAACUAGAAGCAAAAGAAAGUUUCCACUUCCAAAUCUCAACUGCUAGUUGAUGCAGUUCAUUUUGUGGCACUCUAUUUUGCUUGGUCUUUGUGAACCAAUGUCAUGUUCUUUUGUUAAGAUAUUAUCAGCUACUAGGUGCUGCUAGUUCUUUCUUUAUUUGCUAGACUAGAGUACUCUAUUUGCUAAGGUAUUGCGAGCUACUAGUACUUUGCAUGCAUGACUGUGCGUAUGGACAGCCAUGGUUGAUUGGAAUAUGCCUGUAUGGACAUCAAUGUUAACAUGUAUGGCUGUUUUUAUGGACAUCACUGAAGCUUAUAUAU